AUGUCCAGACUCCCAGAAGACACCAGGCAUGAAGCCACCAUGUACAGCAUAACUCGACAUACCUGGUAUGGAUUUAUGAAGGCAGGAGUCUGCUGCAUCGCGGCCGUCGUUGCGGUCAAGGGCCAAAGUACCCUGACACCCUCCUUGUUUUUAGUCUACUUGCGAACAACACAACCUCGUCUGUUCUUUAUUUUCUAG